GGUCUCCUGGCGCAGGCCUGGAUUCAGCUCAUCAAACAGUUCUAAUUCCCUUCGAAAACUGAGCAAAACUGAGGAAGCUGUGAUAGUUUCAAGUCGUCCAGGUUAAUGAAUAAUCUAGUAGUAGUAGUAAAACAAAACAACUGUACUUACAGCGGCCUAUUACAUUACAAACGUGGUAUAGACUAAGAGGUUAACUUUUCUGCUCUACUAAACUAGCAGAAUGCGUACAGAGCAAAAUUCUGGGUCUUACUGCAACAUUAACCAAAUCUCUCAACUUGUAAUCGCUCAACACACAAAAGAAGCCGCGUUCAUUUUGCCCGGGGACUUUUAUUUUAAUAUCAACGAAGGACGAAGACCCCGGAAAUGACACUCGGUCAACAGCCCAACACAAUUUUGCAUUGCUCGGAACGCUCGAGUUCAGCCACAACAGUAGAAAAUACUGUCUUCCAGCUAAUACUGAGAUCUGAGCUUCUCUGCAUCCGCUCAGUCGUCUCCGAGAUCAACUCCGAGCUCUGUUGAUCUCCUCGGCUCUUGGCGGAGUGAGUGUGAGAGGAUGGCGAACUACCGGGCGUUUCACACCCAGCUCGCGACCAUUAUGGAGACCCUGACUCGUGCGGCAGUGGCGGAAAUCUGCGAGCUCGUUGACGACGGCUACGCGAUUUUACAUACGGAGAUUUCUCGGCACCAGAAAGAGAACGAAGAACUGCGACGGAAACUUCAGCUCAUCGAGUCUAUCGUGGCGGCGCGAGGGUACGGUGACGAGCGAGCGGCGUCCCGUGAUAGUCGCUGUGACGGGGCGGUGUGUGAGGCAGCGGCGAGCAGAAAAAGCUGUGGAAGCCGAGAGUCCUCGAGCCGUCGCGCCAUGGCAGAGUCACGUGACUCAGAUGAGCGGGGACCCGUUACAGUGCACGUUAAAGAGGAAGGUCAGGAGGCACCAAGCGAUGAUGAUGAUGAUUUUGAUGGUGAGGCAGUUGCCUUGGUCGCACACAGUUCUUCUGAUGGUGAAGUGGUGGAGCUCUCAGCGCAGGAUGGCCCAUCAGACACACACUCCACAAAUGAUGAUGUUCACAUACUUGCAGACACACACUCCCCGAACCCUCAUGCAAACACACGCACAGAAUCACUCUCACAUACUGAAGAGUCCCAACACUCCAGCGUGGACCUCACAGCCUCAGACGAACCCCUCUGCUCCUUUAACACCCAUGCUGAUGCCCACCAACUCUCUGACACACACUCUGACAGCACUGGUCACAGCCGGCCUUUUUCAGAUAAAAUGUGUGUGAAGAGGGAGCCUUUGGUGUGUGAAGAUUUGGAUCUCACUUUGGACUGGAAUACGCACUCUGUGCGUAACGCACUUUCUCACUCCCACGCCUCCGCUGGAAUCGGCACAGACACACUCGCAGCCCACAGUUCCCCACUCUAUGCUGCACAGCAUCUGGUUGCCCUGGGGAACGUGGCAGGGCUUGGGCUGUUUGGGGGGCGCGGCUCUUUGCGGGGAGGCGGAGUUGGAGUAGGUGGCAAGAGGCAUUUUAUCUGUUCAAUCUGUGGAAAGAGCUUCACUACGGCGCAGAGCCUAGACACACACACACGGAUACACACGGGUGAGCGUCCGUACCGCUGUGAGCAGUGUGGCAAACGCUUCACCCAGUCUGGCCACCUCACAGCUCACCAGACUGUUCACACUGGAGAGAGACCAUAUGAGUGCACACACUGUGGCAAACGCUUUGCUGGUAAACAAUACCUGCGCAUACACACCAAGAAACACCAUCCUGAGUCCUGAACACAUACAAGGAGGCCACAGAAAACUCACAUACUAAUAUGCAUAUACACUGACUGGUCACUUCAUUAAGUACACCUCUUUCUAUCUACACUCAUUGUCCAUUUUAUUAGCUUCACUUGCUAUGUAAGGGCACUUUGUAAUUCUAUAAUUACAGACUGAAGUCCAUCUGUUUCACUGUAACCUUUUGUCUUGUUCUUCUAUGGUGAAGACCCCUUCAGGACCCCACAGAGCAGUUAUUAUUUGGGUAGUGGAUCAUUCUCAGCACUGCAGUGACUUAGUGGUGGUGCUAUUUUGGUGUGUGUUGUGCUGGUACGAGUCAACCAGGUACAGAGGUUUUGCUGGACUUUUUAAACACUGUGUCCACUCACUGUCCACUUUAUUAGACACAGCUGCCUUGUUGGUCAACCUUGUAGAUGUUGUCAGAGACAAUAGCGCAUUUGAUGCUGCACAGUAGUCACAGAACGCUGUAUGAUUUAGGUUUGUGGACGAUUCUCAGUCCUGCAGUGACUCUGAGGUGCUUAAAAACUUAAAAACUGCUGUGUCUGAUCCAUUCAUACUCACGCAACGUCAAUGUCACUGCAGUGCUGAAAAUUAUCCACCACCCAAAUAAUACCUGCUCUAUAAUGGUCAUGUGGACCAUGAACAUUAAAGAAAAGGGUGAAAGGGGGCUAACAAGGCAUGCUGAAAAUAGAUGGACUACACUCUUUAAUUGUAGAACUACAAAGUUCUCCUAUAUGGUAGGUGGAACUGAUGAAAUGAACAAUGGGCCUCAUUCACAAAUAUCUUCCUAAGUUUCCUCUUAAAUUUGUUCUUGAGAAAAGAUCUAAGAAAAAGUCUAUGUCAGAUAUGUGACAUGUUCUUAAACCACAGAAUAGUUAGCACUUUUGUGCUUUUAGGUAUGUGUAGAUUCUUUCCUUACCCAAGAACAAAUCCCAAAUUAGAAAACAUUGGUGAAUGUCAGAAUCUUUGUGAAAACUGUACAUGUGGGUUUUAAAAAGAAAUUUCUUCUUAAAAACAGUUGGUGAAUAAGACCCAAUGAGUGUAGAUACAAGGUGUACUUAGUGGCCUGUCAGUGUAUACUAACUGUUAAAGGAUUACACUAAUGCACACACCUCAUGGAUAUAGAUAUCCAUGGAUACACACUCUAAAAUGGGCUAAUACACUUACAAAGGUAAAAUGUGUCCAAAUUCAUUAAAAAUGAAAGAGAACUGACCUACAUUAUACACAAGCCAAGUAUUCAUGUUUAUCUAUAGCCUCAGGAUGUGGGCUGACCUGCAGGUCAGGAGAAUUGUAGUUGAAAGGAAACUACAGGAGCAUUCCACCCAAAUAUGUUACAUUUGUCAUGACCAGGAAGACAAUUCAGAAAAACAAAGAAAACAUUAAGAAAAGUAACUACUGGUGACAACUCUUUUGAGUAUAUUUUCACUGUGGAACAAAGCAGAACAAGUUGGAUUGGGCGUGUCCACCAGACAUGAAGGUUGAAGGCAGUAAAGCCUGCCUCAUCUCUCUGCAACUGUGAUUUGCAAGAGGAAAUAACCCAUUUGUUUUUGAAACCUUUCACUGAUUCUGUUGCAGUGUUGCUGUCUGGAUUAUAUAGAUUUUGGGAAAUUUAGACUACUUGUGAUAUGGCUUUUUCUUGGUGAAAAUAUAUAUAUAUAUAUAUAUAUUUUGGGGGGGGGGCUGCAAAUAAGAUCUUGCGCAUUUUAUUUAGGCCAGCAGAUGGAGGCAAAAUGAUAUGACCAUGACCAAUGCAAAACUGUUAUGUGAAAUAAUGAUCUAUAAAGAUACUUCAAUAAAACCCUCUUCUUGUA